AAGGUCCUGUGUUCCGAAUCAGGAACAUACCUAACUCAGACCAAAAACAAUUAGAAAAGAGCAAUCAUUCCGCCAGUUCUUUAACUGACCGUUGUUCCUAAUAUAUACCAAUGAAUAAACAUUGAUAAGUAACAGCAAACGCCAUCUAGAGUGAAACUAGAAUAAGUUCAGUCAUACCUUUGCAGACGGAGCACGUUGUGUGGUGUUGAGUUAUUUGUGAUCGUAAUUUUUUAAUUUUUGGUAAAAAUGGCCUACAUACCAAGCGAUAGUGAGGACGAUAAUCUUGGAGACUCAGAUGAUGAGUUUGUUGUACAAAAUUCAAGGGAUUCCUCUUCUUCUGACAGUGACGAUUCAAUUAGUAGUUCCGAAUCAGAUGAAGAUAAUCAACCUGUAGAUCAUGUGGCUACAGCUACGAAUGUAAGAGGAAAACCCACAUACAAGUGGACUAAACUCAAUAAUAAUGAUGAAGAAUUGCCAUUGCCACCUUUCGUUGCGGAGGAAACCGAGGAGUCCGAAAUUGGACGCCCAAUUCAUUAUUAUCAGCAAUUUUUUUCGAACGAAUUGCUUUAUCUCAUAGUGGAACAAAGCAAUUUAUAUGCUAUUCAAAAUGACGUAAACAAGCCCCUGAAUCUAACACGUUCUGAAUUAGAAAUUUUUAUUGGAACUGUUAUAUACAUGUCAAUUUUCCAUUUACCGCGACAUAGACUUUACUGGAAGUCAGCUUGCAGAGUAGCCCAAGUUGCUGACUGUAUGUCCAGAAAGAGAUGGGAAGAUAUAAAAAAGAAUUUACAUUUCAACAACAACGAUGACCUUCCCACGGAUAGAAAUGAUCCAAACCGUGAUAAGCUAUUCAAGCUUAGACCCAUAAUAGAUGCAUUGACAGAAAAAUUUAAAAAUCAAGUCAAACCACAGAUGCUUUGCGUAGAUGAACAAAUAGUGCCGUACAAAGGAAGAUCUGCACUAAAGCAGUAUAAUCCCAAAAAACCCAACAAAUGGGGUUACAAAAUAUUCGUAUUGUGCGAUAGCAGUGGUUUGGUUCACAAUUUUGAAAUUUACACAGGAAAAAUAUUGCCAACACCGGGAAAGGAGGAUAUAGGAGCUAGUGGAAAUAUUGUACUACGCUUGGCAUCUGUGAUACCACAACACAAAAAUUAUUUACUCUUCUUCGACAAUUGGUUUACCUCUGUAAAGCUGCUUACCUCUCUUCAAGAAGAUGGGAUUUAUAGUUUGGGGACCGUAAGAUGCAACAGACUUCCUGGUUUACAAUUCAGCAGCGACAACGUUUUGAAAAAAAAAGGUAGAGGCACUUAUGAGGAAUAUAAGACAACAGUCAACAGUGUUGAUAUUCAUACUCUGAAAUGGUUCGACAACAAGAGCGUUUGUCUCCUUAGUACAUUUUGCGGAAGCCAGCCUGUCGAUAUUGUUGAACGCUUUGACAGAAAAGGCAAAAGAAGAGUUGAGGUGACCCGUCCCAAUAUGAUAAAGCUAUAUAAUAACUUUAUGGGUGGGGUUGACCUUCUUGAUGGACUCAUAUCCUACUACAGGAUAAGCCUAGGAAGUCGAAAAUGGUAUCUCAAACUGUUUUUUCAUUUAAUCGACUUGGCUCUAGUUAGCGCAUGGUUAAAAUACAAGACUGAUAUGCAGAAGAGUAACAUGGACAAAAAAGAUAUUCUAGAUUCUUUGGGAUUUCGUGCUGAAGUAGCCGAAGCUCUUUGCCGAGUGGGAAAGGAUGAAAAUACAAGAAAAAGAGGAAGACCAAGCGGAAGUACUGAAAAGAAUUAUGAAGAGAAAAAGAGAAGGGGAGCAACAAAACCUAUACCUCAGUUUGACGUGCGUACAGACAAGGUGGCCCACUUUCCUUCUUAUAACAAAGAAAGGCAACGGUGCAAGAGACCAUUGUGUGGACUAAAAACUUAUUUCUAUUGUGUAAAGUGUAAGGUACAUCUAUGUAUUACUAAGACUAGAAACUGCUUCGCUGAAUUUCAUAUUUGAUUGCAUAAUUAUGUCUAUAUGACCAGUGUUCCUGCAAAGGAACAUAUUGUUUUGUUGUUUUCUAAAGCAGAAAAUAAAUAUUUUGAAAACUACAAUUUGUUUACUAACUGCCUCU